GUCUUGUGUUUCUGUUUUCAAUGAUAUAUUGUUGAAACUUUAUAGUCAAAUCCUACGUGUGCAAAUUAUCUGGAAGUCCAAAUUGAAGCCAUGAAAGACAGAGUGAUGUCCAGGACUAAGACACAAGAGACCAGUCAGAACAGUUCUGAGAACAGCCUGACAGAUAUCCUCAGUGUCCGGAGUGCCAGUGAUAUUGUCCUACAGCCAAUGCCACCAGGGAGAAAGAAUAGCCGAUCUCACUUCCACAACAUGGAUGUGACUAAAGAGAGGGCUGACAUGGGAAGGCUUCCAAUGGCCACUCCACCCAUCAGGCUCCCAAUGCUCACUGUGACCUCUCUCACUGUCCAAAGGAUCAAAAACUCCCUCAAGGUGCCUCGCAUGCCUCGUCUGCAGCUGGAGGGACAGAUGGGUAGCAAGCGUCUGUGUCCGGUCAAAACCAAAACCGGAGGGAGCACAUUGACCUCCAGCCACAAGCAGGAGCCAGAGGUUAAAUCCUGCAGACCACAGACACCAGGAAGCAUCCCUAGAAGGCCCAAUGUAUGCUCCACUGCAGCCAAGGCAGUAGCUCCUUUAUCUGGGACUCCAUGCAGCCAGUCUGAGGUCAGGAUCCAGGCCAAUCCUCUCCAGAGGUCUAACAUCCAGGACCAAAGGCCCCGCUCUCCUCCUGCUCAGGCCAGACGGUCUCUGUCCGACGGCAGCCUCUUGCAGCCGCCAUGUUCUCCUGUCGAUGUCCUCCAGCCGGAGGUCCAGGCCAGCAGAAGCCUGGCUCGACCCAAGACCGGGAUAGCUAGGAUAACAAGACAUACUGAUGGCAGCACUCUGAGGUUCCCUAACCAGACCUUAGAGCUUAUAAACUCCAUGGGUAGGAGGGAGAUCACAAAUUCUUUCCCUGUGCUGCCAACCAUUGCAGUGUCUGCCUCACCUGCCCAGAUGGCCAUCCCAUUGCCUACCCCAAUAGUCAGCCAUGUGCCUGACCUUCUGGUGCCUACUCCAUCUGCUUCACCGAUUCCGUCCAGCCGAGUGCCUGCCCCACCUGCAUCCCCAGUGCCAGCCCGGCCUGCCAACACCAGAUCACGUAGGCAGGUGUCGGAGAGGAUCCAGCGCUUACAGAUCCAGUCUGCUAUGCUGGACCAGCAGCUACCAGAACAACUGGGUGACAAACAAAUCAUAUUACCCUCUGAGCCCCUGUCCUUCAGUAGCACUGAGAGGAUGUUCCUCUGUGGUCCACCUUUAGUCUGCCACCCAGCUAACGUAGGUGGAGAUGAUGGCUGUCACCCCCUGCCCAGACCUACGCCCAGCCACACAGGUCACACCGACCACUCCGCUUUACUGACCAGUAGGAGAGUAGUACAGGUGUGCGAGAAGUGCCCCUUUGACAUCCUCUUGACCCCCUUGGUCCCACUGGCAGAACAGCCUCCUAUCAAGCGAUGGCACAUGCCCGCCUCCCGUGCCAAGGCCAAGCGGGAAUGGGAGAAUAGCCAAAGAGGGCGCAGGAAGAGAGCGAAGCCCAUUCACUGGGACGUUAACUUUAAGUCUGGGCCUUUCUUCCCAGUGUGUGUCGCUCCAUCACUGCCCUCGAUCCUGGAGGUGGAUGAAAAGGAGGAGGAUGAAGAGAUGCUCCGGUACUGGAUGUCCUUGGAGACCACAGUCAAGAUUGACUUCAGCCAUGACAUAAUCACCAUGGGCAAGCCAUUUUCAAGCUUUGUGUUGAAGACACGUGCCCCUAUCCACUUUCACAGGAUUAUGCUUCCGCGCCCGUCUACAAGAGAAAGCACACCCACCUCUCCCCUCUUCUCCCCUCCCACUACCCCCCUGCUGUCCCGUGGGUCGUCUCUUUCUGAAGAGAUGGAGCAAAGCCAGUUGUAGAGGGGUCGCACACAC